CCUCGGCCGAGCUGCCUCUGUAGCCAGUGCCGCGGGCGUUUGGAGAACCCGGGUCGGAGUCCGGGCUCGGUCCUCUGAGCGCCACCUCUCGUGAAACUCGGGAGGGGAAGGCACAGGGAGGGGUUCGUGGAGAGAAAAGAGGUAGAACUGGUGCAGACUAUCCAACUUCGGGGCUUCCAGGGAGCUGGGCAGUGGUAGCUGGUGGUAGUGGGCACCCCCAAGGCGCCUAGUACGGUUCCUCUGUUCGGGCUUCCAAGCCCCCGGGACCAAGGGCCGGUGCCCAUUGGCCCCUGCUCCUUCGCCACGGAAACGUCCCAUCCAGCCCUCUCCGGUGGGGGGCCAUAGCGCCCCUAUCCUCUGCCCCUUUUUCUUUUCUUGGUGAGGGGGGUUCGCUUUCCCCGUGCACCCCGCCCCGCCCCCCGGGAACCCCCCAGCCUCACCCGCUCACCCCCUGCACCUCUGCACCGCGCUGCGCGCCCGCGGAGUGCGCUUGAUCGCAGGUGGGUGCAGAGCCCCGCCGCACCUGCCUCCCAGCGCUGAGGACUGGACUGUGGGGCGCCCCGCUGCUCUCCAGGCUCUUUGGGUCGCCCUGAUCUCGCUGAGCGGACCUAACUGGACUUGCCUGGGGGAACUUGCAGUGCCCUCUCUGGGCCAGACGACCAGAUACUCAUCGGACUCAAGGGCUGCACACAUCUUGCAUCCACAUCUCAGCACGAACGAGAGGACCGGACCGGAUCAAUUCUUAUGCUAAUUGCUGAAAAUGGGCCCAAUAGGUGCAGAUUCUGAUGAGAACCAGACAGUGGAAGAAACGAAGGUGGAACCAUAUGGCUCAGGGCAGACCACUCCUAGAGGGGCGCUGGGCCAUGACCCGGAGCCAGAGCUGAUAGACAGCACCAAGCUGAUCGAGGUACAGGUGGUUCUCAUAUUGGCCUAUUGCUCCAUCAUCUUGCUGGGGGUCAUUGGCAACUCCUUGGUGAUCCACGUGGUAAUCAAAUUCAAGAGCAUGCGCACAGUAACAAACUUUUUCAUUGCCAAUCUGGCCGUGGCAGACCUUCUGGUGAACACCCUGUGCUUGCCAUUCACUCUCACCUACACCUUAAUGGGGGAGUGGAAAAUGGGCCCUGUCCUGUGCCACCUCGUACCCUAUGCCCAGGGUCUGGCAGUCCAGGUGUCCACCAUCACCUUGACGGUCAUCGCCCUGGAUCGUCAUCGUUGUAUCGUCUACCACCUGGAGAGCAAGAUCUCCAAGCGAAUCAGCUUUCUGAUUAUCGGCUUGGCCUGGGGCAUCAGUGCCUUGCUGGCAAGCCCCCUGGCCAUCUUCCGGGAGUAUUCAUUGAUUGAGAUUAUUCCCGACUUUGAGAUUGUGGCCUGCACUGAGAAGUGGCCUGGUGAGGAGACAAGUAUCUACGGCACUGUCUACAGCCUUUCAUCCUUAUUAAUCCUCUAUGUUUUGCCUCUGGGCAUAAUAUCUUUUUCCUACGCUCGUAUCUGGAGUAAACUUAAGAAUCACGUCAGCCCCGUCGCUACUAAUGACCACUACCACCAGCGAAGGCAGAAAACCACCAAAAUGCUGGUGUGCGUGGUGGUGGUGUUUGCGGUCAGCUGGUUGCCACUCCACGCCUUCCAGCUUGCCGUUGACAUUGACAGCCAAGUGCUGGACCUGAAGGAGUACAAACUCAUCUUCACCGUGUUCCACAUCAUUGCCAUGUGCUCCACCUUUGCCAACCCCCUUCUCUAUGGCUGGAUGAACAGCAACUACAGAAAGGCUUUCCUCUCUGCCUUCCGCUGCGAGCAGAGGUUGGACGCCAUCCACUCCGAGGUGUCCGUGACAUUCAAGGCUAAAAAGAACCUGGAGGUCAAAAAGAGCAAUGGCCCCAAUGACUCCUUUACAGAGGCUGCCAAUGUCUAAGGAAGUGCCCGAGCAGAACUCUGGGUGGGUUCCCCCCAGACCUAGACCUCUAGUUGAGAAGCUUGCAGGUGCAUCCUGAUUUCCCAUUUACAGGAAGAAAAAAAGCAUCUGAAUGGAAGCAUCUGCGGUUUGUAAUUCAUGGAAAACUGGUUGGUAGAGCCUAGGUAAAAAUAUUCAUAGACAAAAAUAUGGCAACAAAGCAAAGUACAGUUGCUUGGAUGAUGGGUUGAAUUACAAAUACAAGCAGAGAGAGUUGCUUUUCACUGUUUCCCAGAAUCAGGGAAACCUGGACAAAGAAUUGGCAUUAUCAGCAUUGCUAAAGGGGUGUGUG